AUGCCUUCAGCAGUCAAUGGCCCCAACUUUGAAGAAGCACUCGACCACGUGAUAUUAGGCAUGUUUACUUCUACCAACACCCCACAAAACGUUAUCCUGACAGUGCAGACAGCGUCGGAAAUCCAAACGAAGAAGAAGUAUCCCGUGUUGAAGACUCAUCUAGAAGAGAUUCAGUCUCAUGCCCAGCAACAUGGCUUAACGACCGCAACCCUAAAGCGACUUCUUGAAGUGCUGACAUCCCCCAAUGCCCUCGACCAUACGACUCAAAAGGCAUUAUUCAAGAUCUUGUAUCCUGCUGGCCAGGUUCCUUCUCAUUUAAUAUGUAUGGUUGUGAAUGCUUUGGGCUAUGGCAGUCGAAAAGCUUCGGUGUCCAACCAGCAACUGCUGCUGAAAUGGAUGAAUGUGAUUCACGAUGUUCUAGAAGACAAUUCGAUAUUGUCUAGCCUCUACAGCGUUUUCUUCAAUCUCCUGGACAUGAAUAGUCUACGCGCGGAUCUAUGCCCUCUCCUUGCUCAAAUUACCAGGAGGAAACAUGUCAGACCAUUUCGAGUCCAGAUGCUGCAAGAUCUCAGCCAGAAGGUUGGUCGAGAGCCUGCUCUUUCGAAGAUCAUGCAGAUCUAUGAUACCUAUGCUCCAGGUAUGUUAGAUGUCAAGAAAUCAACCGGUCGAGUUCCAGAGUUCUCACAUCCCGAUCCCGAAUGGGCCAAUCAGCUCCAAAGGAUCCUGGAGAAAGCAGAUCACCUGUCUGCGGAUCCCCUUCAUCAACGAGAGGCGACCCCAUCUUUUCGCCGAGGACCCAAGAGACUACGAUUAUCAGCCUCAGUAGAGGGAUCCUACAGUCUCGACCGAAUCGACAAUGCAGAAGAUCUGGUCAACAACGUGGAGAAAGUCAGGAUCACAGGGCUAGCAACCUCAGACCUAGACGACCCAGUACUGCAAAUCUACGUGACGCUUGGCUCUGAGGAUAGUCACACAGAGGACGUCAAUGAAUGCCUCUCCAAAGCCUUCAUGCAGCAACACGAGAGCUUAACGAGUGGUCGAGAUGCGAAGAAGCCGCUAGUGGAGGUCCUGGACGAGGCUUUAGCAUACACACAAUACACCAAAACGUUACCCAAACCCGUGAUGACCUUCCUAGAAAAGUACCUACCAGAAUGGCUACCACCGCAACACCAAGGAAUAAUCUUAGAUCUCUUAUCCCACAUCCCCCUCAAAACAUUCUCCGCCCUCCAAACCACCCUCCUCAACCCCCUGGAAACCGCUCUCCUCAGCGCCCCAACCAUCACCAACCCCCUCCCCACCCUGCUGACCUUCUACACCACGCUCCUCACGAAGUGGACCGCCCCUCUUCUCUCCUCGCCAUCCGCACCAACACCCAGCCAAGUAGCCAUCCUCCUCGGGCUAGCCAAGCACACGAAUUUGCUAACGCAAACCCUCCUCACAACAUCACCCACCGCAUCCACCAUCUCCCUAAUACUAACGCACCUGUCGUCCCUCCCGCUUCUGGUCGCACCACCCCUGUCGAUCCCCCUGCCACCACCACCGCCAUUAACAACGUAUCUGAUCAUCUUCACAGCACCAUCACUCUCAACCCUAUCACGGCUCUGCUCGCUGCUCACCAGCUGGAAAGUGGCUUUCGAGAGCAACGCCAGUACAGCCCGGGAUCAAGGGCAAAUCGAAUCGCUAAAUGCAGCAUUGAUGGACACGUGCAACCUGCUCUUCCGCUCUCGGGCUUUCAAUGCCGCGGAUGGACAUGCGUUGGGUUGCCUCAUCCCACCGCCUGUGGUGACUAGUCUCUCGACCUAUACGAGCGGAUUGGAUCCGCCGCAACCGCUCACGAGUCUCUUUUCACUGAGCCACAACCCAAAUGUGUCGGCCUUGAGUAUUACCGCUUUUCGCGAGGUAGAGGAUUCUGCUGAGGACAAGCAGCCGGGGAGUGUAGCUGUGAGACAUGCUGGACCGAUCACGACGAAAAGUCUGGCGCAGUUGGGAAGGGAAGGCGGUGUGAAGAUGGGGUGGAAGGAGUACAGAGUACUCGUGCUGAGAUGGUUGGAGGGUGUUGGGGUCAGUGGAAUUGCAGACUUUGGGGCAGCGACUAUGCCCGGCAUGAAAGGUGGGCAGGAUGCGGUAGCUAGAGCGAAAGCAGGAGUGGCAUGA